AUGGCCGACAUUGAGCGAUACCCUCAAUUAAGCAGCGCCACACCCGUUGAGGCGACUGCGACGGCGAAAGCUGAUCCCCCUAAGCCUUUGCCAAAGGGGAUGGUGUUGGGCCCAGAUGGCAAGCCAUGUCGGUCUUGCUCCUCCAAGAGCGCUUUUUCCAGCUGGGCUUCCCAGAUGAGCGGCUCUGCCAAGAACGGAACCCCGGUAAACUCGGUGUCUAUCGACGACUGUCCCCCCGACGUCGAAACCCUCGGACGAGGUACUUGGCAACUGCUGCACUCCAUCGCCGCGACGUACCCCGAAAAGCCUUCUCCCGCCCAGAAAGACGACCUCCGAGGUUUCGUCAGAUUAUUUUCCAAGCUAUACCCCUGCUGGGUGUGCGCCGAAGAUUUCCAAUCGUACAUACAAAAGGAACAGGUUCGAGUUGAGGGGCGGAGCGAGUUUGGGAAUUGGCUUUGCGAGGCGCAUAAUGAGGUCAAUCGCAAGCUUGGUAAAAAGGAGUUUGACUGCAGCAAAUGGGAAGAGCGAUGGCGGACAGGCUGGAAAGACGGUCGUUGCGAUUGA